UUUAAGAUGGAGUCAAUUCAAUCAAUCCUAUUUACUUUCGCCUUCAUCUGUUUUACAAGCUUCACAGAGGCUUUACGAUGUGGUGGUAUUUAUUGUGAUCAUGAUCAGUACUGUUGUGCGUUAGAUACACCAAGAUGCUGUUACCAUGACGAUAUGGGAUGUUGCAAUACUGGAUCAGUGCUUGCUGUCUCCUGGUUUUGGUUCAUAAUGUUUCUAAUACUCAUCGGGACAUGUGGAUGUUGUUGUUGUUAUCAAAGACGCUCACAAGCAAGGCAAGGAUAUAUGUUCCUACGUCACAAUAAUGAGCCAAUCUUUCAAGGCUAUGGAUCAGGAGGAUCAACAGAUAUUCCUUAUGGAUCAAGAGGUACAACAGAGUACCCACAUGGAGCUAAUGUUUUUGUGUCACCGCCUGCAUAUGAGGACGUCACCAAACAGUCUGCACCACCAGAUCAACCGCCACCAGCGUAUUCAGUAAAAUAACCAAAUAUAUACUGACUUAAAGAUGCCAUUUUUUUUACAGAAAGUAGAGGCUGAACUGAGUCUAUUUGUAAUUAUGUAAAAUAUGCGUUUUAGUUUUUUAUCUGUCUCUUAAUCGACACAGUUUAACUGGAGGGGGGGGUGCCAAACCGAGAAAGUCAACAAAUUAAUUCCAGCAAAAAUGUUUUACACACAGGUCCCACUCUGUGAAACAAAGUGUCAGAUAUUCGGACAACAAUCAAUUCUCGUUUUAUAAACUAUCAUUCCCCUUCCUGAUAAAAAAGUGAUGAUGCACCUUUAGAUACAGUUGUUAAUAGUAACCUUUAUCAUUGCUUUGUUCACUGUUCCACUACUGAGGGCG